CCCACGCGCGUGCUCGCUGGGGACGCGGAACCUCCGCCUUCGCCGCCGCGGCCUACGGUGCGGGCUCCGGAACUAGUCUUUUGUUUUCCCGCUGCCUCGUCCCAGGAUCAUCUGGCCGCAGCCCCAGCGUCUGCGCCUUGGCGGCCCUCGCUGCGUGGGCCGCGGACGCCCCGGACUGAUGCUGCGCUGGCUGAUCGGGGGAGGCCGCGAGCCGCAGGGCCUGGGCGAGAAAGCGGCUUUGCAGACAAUAGGAGAGGACCAGAGUCAGAACCCAUAUACUGAGCUGCUGGUCCUGAGAGCCCAUGGUGACAUCGUGCGCUUCCUGGUGCGGCUGGAUGACUACAGAUUUGCAUCUGCUGGCGAUGAUGGACUUAUAGUUGUGUGGAGUGCCCAGACAGGAGAAAAACUUCUGGAACUCAGAGGACACACUCAGAAGAUCACAGCUGUCAUUGCAUUUCCUCCCCUAGACUCUAGCGAGGCGAGCAGUCAGCUCAUCUUAACAGCCUCUGCUGACCGGACCGUCUGUGUUUGGGAUUGUGAUACCGGCAGACAAAUCCAGAAAGUCUCCUGCUUCCAGUCCACUGUGAAGUGCUUAACUGUUCUUCAGAAACUAGACGUGUGGCUCUCGGGUGGUAACGACUUAGGUGUGUGGAACCGCAAACUAGAUCUGCUGUGUAAGACCAGCCACCUUUCUGAUACAGGGAUCAGUGCCUUAGUUGAACUCCCUAGGAAUUGUGUUGUAGCAGCAGUCGGCAAAGAACUGAUAAUUUUUAGGCUAGAAGUGCCCACAGAAGAACUGCAGGAAUGGGAUAUUGUUGAAGUCAAAUGCCUUCUUGAUCACCAGGACAAUAUUCUGUCACUGAUUAACAUCGGCGGUACAAGUUUCGUCACUGGCUCCCAUGUUGGAGAGCUGCUCAUCUGGGAUGCCCUGGACUGGACUGUGCAGGCCUGCGAGCGCAGCUUCUGGAACCCGUCUCCACAGCUGGAUGCCCAGCAAGAAAUAAAACUCUGCCAAAAACAAAAUGACAUUUCUAUUAAUCAUCUCACCUGUGAUGAAGAGAAUAUAUUUGCUGCAGUUGGAAGGGGGCUCUACGUGUAUAACCUACAACUGAAGCGUGUGAUUGCUUGCCAGAAAACUGCCCAUGACUCCAACGUCCUGCACAUCGACAGGCUCCCCAACAGGCAGUUAAUCUCAUGCUCAGAAGAUGGCAGUGUCCGCAUUUGGGAGGUCCAAGAAAAACAGCAGCUGGCAGCAGAACCUGUCCCAACAGGAUUUUUUAAUAUGUGGGGAUUUGGAAGAGUGAACAAACAAGCCAGCCAGCCUGUGAAAAAGCCGCAAGAAAAUGGCACCACGUGUUCCCUGGAGCUCAUUGGAGAUUUGAUUGGCCACUCAUCCUCCGUGGAGAUGUUUCUGUACUUCGAAGACCAUGGCCUAGUGACGUGCUCUGCAGAUCACCUCAUUAUCUUGUGGAAGAACGGAGAGCGAGAAGCUGGAUUCCGCAGUUUAAAGUUAUUUCAGAAGUUAGAAGAAAAUGGUGACUUACACCCCGUGUCCAGCUGAAGGAACUGGACGACUGCAUACAGAUGCGUGAACCGUGAAUGUCAAAUACAGAACGGUCCUCUGAAAACCACUAACAUACUGAUUGCUUGGAUUUCUCAUGGUUUCCUUGCCGGUGAAGUUCUGUCUGUCUGU